AUGUCUUCCACCACAUUCAUUUGUAUUAUCUGUUCCGAACCUUUGACUUCUGAUAAUAUGUUUUCAAUUUCAUGUGGUCAUGUUUUUCAUGAAGAUUGUAUGACUCAAAUAAUCUCUCAAAAAAAGUAUUGCCCUCAAUGUCAAAAAGUUGCAACAUUAAAAGAUGUUCGGCAAUUACAUUUACAACCUUUAGACAAUAUGCAGACUAAAUCUGAAUCAAAUAAAAUUAAAUUAAAUGUUAUAGAUUUGAUUAAUCACAAAUUUGUUCUCGAAAAUGUUAAAAGUUGUGAUACAAUUAGUCUCAUUAAGUGUAUGAUUGAAAUGAAAAGUGGAAUACCUCCGGAUCAACAACGUUUGAUUUAUAUUGGUACGCAACUCAAAGAUGACCGUACAAUUGCUUACUAUGAUAUCGAGGAUGGGGCAACUAUUCACCUUAUUUUACAUUUGCUAGGCUGUUGA